AUGGCGGACGGGCCGGGUGAAGGCGCCGCUCGGACGGCGUCCAUGGUGGCGUGCGACCAGAACGGUUCGGCGCCUUUAAUCUGGAACCCGGUCCUCAACAGGGGCACCCGGUUCAGCCGCAACGAGCGCCUUGUGAAAAACCUGCUGGGGCUGAUCCCACCCGCGGUGGAGAGCCUCGAGCUGCAGGCCGAGCGGGUGAUGUCCCAGCUGCGGGAGGCGAGCAAGGACAUCGACAAGUACACCAUCCUGAACGAUCUGGCGACGGCCAACCUGAGCCUGUUCUACAAGGUGCUGGUGGACAACCUGGUGGAUCUGCUGCCCAUCGUGUACACGCCCACCGUGGGCCAGGGCUGCAUGGAGUACGGCCGCCUGUUCCGCAGCCCCCUGGGGAUGUACUUCUCGGGGUUUGACGACAAGGGCAGGUUUCGGGAGAUGCUCGACAACUGGUACUCGGAUGAGGUGGAUAUAAUCGUGGUCACUGACGGCGGCCGGAUCUUGGGGCUGGGCGACCUGGGCACCAAUGGGAUGGGCAUCUCCGUGGGGAAGAUAUCGCUGUACGUGGCGGGCGCGGGGUUCCACCCGGAGAGGGCGCUGCCGGUGACCUUGGACUGCGGCACCGACCGCAAGGAGAUGCUGGAGGACAAGUUCUACCUGGGCAAGAAGGUGCCGCGCCUGCGCGGCGACGCGCACAUGGAGGUGGUGGAGGAGUUCUGCUUGGCAGUGAAGGAGAAGUGGCCCAACUGCCUGGUGCAGUUCGAGGACUUCCAGACGGAGAGGGCGUUCGCAAUCCUCGACAGGAUGCGGGACAGGAUGCUGUGCUUCAACGACGACAUCCAGGGCACUGGCGCUGUGGUGUUGUCCGGCUUCAUCAACGGCAUGCGCGUCCAGAAGACGGACCUGAGCGACGCCCGCGUGGUGUUCUACGGCGCCGGGUCCUCGGCGUGCGGCGUGGCGGGCAUGAUCGCCAAGCUGAUAGAAACGGAGGCCAAGGUGAGCAGCCAGGAGGCCUUCAAGGCGGUGUAUCUGGUGGACAGCAAGGGGCUGAUCACCAACACGCGCGGCGACAAGCUGGCGCCGCACAAGGUGCCCUUCGCGCGCACGGACGGCACGCCCAACAUGACGUCGUUGGUGGACAUCAUCGCGCACGUCAAGCCGCACGCUCUCUUCGGCCUGUCCGGCUCCGGGCCGUCCUUCGACAAGGGGGUCAUUGAGGAGGUGUGCAAGUACUGUGCGCGGCCGCUCAUCUUCCCGCUGUCCAACCCCACCUCCAAGGCGGAGAUCACGGCGGAGAACGCCAUCCACUGGAGCAAGGGCAAGGCGAUCUUCGCGGCGGGCUCCCCCUUUCCCGAGGUCGAGUACGAGGGCAAGACUUACAAGCCUGGCCAGGCCAACAAUGUCUUCAUCUUCCCCGGGGUGGGCUUUGGGGCCGUGAAUGUCAAGGCCACCAAGGUCACGGACGAGAUGCUCGUUGCCGCCGCCAAGGCCCUGGCGAAGUCCGUGUUUCCAGAAGAGCUGGAGAGGGGGCAGAUCUAUCCGGAGAUCCAGGACCUGAGGAAGAUAUGCGUGAAGAUCGCUGCUGAAGUCGGCAAGUGUGCAAUGGAGCAGGGGGUGGCGCGCCUCGACAGAAAGCCAUUCAACAUGGCCGCGCACAUGCUGUCUAGAAUGUGGACGGCAGGGGUGGACGAUGAGUAG